AUGGGCGCCGGAACCAUCCAAGUCCGGGCCCUAGACGGUGUCUCAAUUGAUAUCCACGACGGUGAAUACGUCGCAAUAAUGGGUGCCUCAGGCUCCGGCAAAUCCACCCUCAUGAACAUCAUCGGAUGCCUAGACAUCCCCACAACCGGCACCUACCACAUCGACGGUCAGGCAGUCGAAUCGAUGUCCAACGACCACCUAGCCGACAUCCGCAGCCGAAAAGUCGGCUUCGUUUUCCAGACCCAUAACCUGCUUCCACGCCUUACCGCACUGGCCAACGUCGAACUCCCAAUGAUGUACGGCCACUGGCCCAACCGACGGAAACGCGCCGAAAACGCCCUCACCCUUGUCGGACUUGCCGAUCGCACACACCACAGACCAACCGAACUCUCCGGCGGUCAGCAACAAAGAGUCGGCAUCGCCCGAGCCCUCGUCAAAGAGCCGUCAGUCCUCCUCGCCGAUGAACCCACCGGAAACCUCGACACUUCAAAUUCCGCCGAAAUCCUGAACAUCAUUUCCGACCUGAACCACGAAAACGGCAUCACCGUCAUCGUAGUGACACACGAACCGGAUGUGGCCGCCAGAGCCGACCGCGUAAUCACCCUCAGCGACGGUCGCGUCAUCAGCGACGAAACCUAG